AUGAACAGUUUAUAAGUAUCUGAAUUCUCAAAUCGUGUUUUUGAUCGUUAUGACAAAAAUCAUUCAGGAUUUAUUGAAAAAGAGGAAUUAAAUACAUUGUUGUAUAAUUUGGCAAUUGAAUUGAAUUCCUAGGUUUAUAUACUAAAAUAAAUUAGUAACCAACUAAAAAGGAAAUUGAUUAUAUGUUAUCUUAUUUAGAUUAAAAUAAUGAUAGUAAAGUUAGCAGAACAGAAUUUUAGAGAUUAGGAGAAUUAAUGGUUAAAGUUUUAGGAAACAAAUGA